AUGAGACAAAGGUAAGAUAACUAUAAAUUUUAUACAUCAAAUGAGGAAUGAUCCUAGCAGUUGUGAACACAAUUUAUGCAACUGCCUAAGAGGCCUGAAGAAAAUUCAGGACUUCAACAAGAUUUGAACCCAUAAACUCGCGGUAGAAGUGUAAGGAGCCUGAAAAAAAUGAAGUCCUGAAUUUUUUUCGGGCUUCUUAUGCAAUUGCAUAAAUCCCGUUCACAACUGCGAGGAUCGUUCUUCAUUUGAUUUCAUUUCCACAGUUCUCAUAUGAUAUAUUUCAUAGACCAAAAUGUAUACAUUUAAAACAUUCAUCAUUUUCACGGGAACAUAUGAACACCUAAUUAACCAGCUCCCAACAUAAGUGCCUUCAUAGCUUAGUUGGUUCGAGCAUACUACUUACUACUCACCAGUGCAAAUUUUAGCGAAACAUAAAUUUAUUGUGUUUUAAUUUUGCUUUAGGAGUCGCAGGAGACAGAAAAGAAGGACAAAUAAAGGUAAGAAUGCAGUUUUACUGUUUCUUUUUGGUUGUCUCUUGAGAACGGUAGUAUAUUGUGCCUCGUUGUUGUUGUCGUUUUGUGUCCGGGCUUUAAUGUACAACCUGUAGUUGCUUUAACGCACUUUCACACAGGUUGAUGUGAUUCUAGUUGCGAUUUUUUAAACGUUUUUUGAUGCAUGUGCAAACUGAGGGGUUGUUUUGAUGGGGAAUUUACGCUGCAAAAUUCUUUUUCCAGCGAUUUAAUACAGGAGAGGUACAAAAAGGCUAUGAUUGGACAUCCUAAGGAGUAUGUUGUGUAUUCGCUAUUGCAGUUCUCCCAUAAUGCUCCUUGUUUGCCCCCCAAACCCCCCCCCCCCACCCACCAAAACAAAAAUUGCAUAAGUAUUGUCUUCAAUUUCUCCUGGGACAACUGCAAUAGCCAGGAGAAAUGAGAAACAAAAGUUUUCCAAAACUUUUUUGGGGGGUGGGGUGGGGGCUGCAAAUGGCGAAUGGGUAAUGGAACAAAGUAAUUAAUGUAACACAGUCAUUACGUAGUGACCUAAAACCGUAAUAUCCUAGCUCGUGACAUAGCACCUUUAAACAAACCAUUUCCUCUUUUUGUCUUCCACCAGAAAAUCCGUUAUACAAUAACGAUGACGAUACGGUUAUCACUUUUACGACCUCAGGCUUUGCGUCGGGAGGUAGUGAAGGAGGGCAUGCCAGGGCGGGAAGCCCCUGUCGAAAAGGUUACGCAGUCCUGAAGCCUGGACCACAGAGGUGUAAGUCUGACUAUCAAAGGCUUCUGAAACCCGGUGAAGGUAGGAUAAGUUACAGGGUAUUUUCUAGACUGUGUGUUUGUAUACAGACAGCAAUACCGUAAACUGCCGCUUAUAAUUCCCCUCAGUUCUGUUAGUUACAGGCCAUCUACCUAUGAACCAAAAAAAAUCUGAUUGUGAGCUGCCUGGAUAUGACCCCCUCCAAAUGUAUUGAUAUGAAUUCCAUAAAAAAUCUCAUUGAUAAUAGAAGUCUGUAAAAACUGAAUACCAAAUAAACAGUACGAUGUGAAAGUACUGCUGAAGAUAUUUCAUUUGAAUGGCAACAUUAUAGGGUUUCAACUACAGAUUCAAAAGUUAGAACUACGUACUAAAUCAAUAGCACCAUGUGAAAGCACUGCUGAAAAGGUUUCACUUGAAUGGUCACACCAGAGGGUUUCAUAUACAGACUGAAAAGUUGGUACUAAAUACUAAAGAAAUAGUACCAUGUGAAAGUAUUGCUGAAGAGGUUUCAUUUGAGCUGUCACACCAUGACGUUUCUUCCGCAGACUCAAAAGUUAAAACAGGGGCACCCAACGAUAAUUUUUGGAAAUUAUCUGUUCGGAAGACGAUUUGAGAUCUAGAAUUUUUGGAACAUUUGUUGUUAAAUUUCUUGCUUCCCUGCCUCUCCUAGGAUUUUCGCCCCCCCCCCCCCAAAAAAAAAUUGGUAUCAUUUCCCAUUUUUAACGGAUUUUUACCCUAAAAAGGUCACCUAGUAUUUUCGGGAACCUUUUUUCUGGCUGAAAUUUUCGAAAAGGUAAGUUUUGAUCUCUCUAAUUUUCGGAUCACUAGACUUUCAGCUAGGAAAUCCGAACAGAUGAAUAAUUUUUAGGGGAUAAAAAUACACCUAUAACUACCGUUUAAUUACUGAAAUACGUUCAACAAUGCUAUGUUUAAGUGGUUUGAACUAUAUUCUCGUUGGGUGCCCCUGUUAAAAGUACCUUACCAGAUUUUUUUUCUGUGUUUGUUUAGAUGUCGCAGGAUAUUUAGUCCCAAUGGAGCAAAGAUCGUCAGUUCUUCCAUCGACACCUGUAGAAACAGUGCCUUCGUUUACGGAAGAUACAGCAAUAUACAGCGAAGCCAAUAGUCCACCGCCCCAAGACAAAGUCAAGAGUAAAGAUUAUGACUACGCUAAACAAGAUGAUGUCUGCGUGAUUCGGUCGAGCUUAGAGAAUUUGGAUGAAAAUAAAACAAACGAAAGAGAGACAGGUUAUGGUCAUAGCAGAGAACACAGUAAUAGUAACGAGACUGACCCCCCGUCGCCUUUUUAUGCUGUGAUUGAAGUGGCGGACUCAGGAGGAUUGCCCGCUGAUGAGGCGACCUCGUCAGAAAAUGAACUGGAUACUGAUUCUGUACCAGAGUAUAUGGAAGUUUUACCUGAUGAAGAUUCAGAGAGUGGAAAUCCUUUGACAAAGGGAAAUUGUGUGGCAUAA